AUGUUCGGUGAAAAUAUCCGCGGUCCUGGCAUGAUUGUGCUUCAGGUCAUUCGCGUCCUCACAAUCAUCAGCCUUAUCACAGCCGCCGCCGCUUGUUGGAUCCUCGUUAUCAAGAUCAACCGAUCUGCAGGGUGGUUUUUCUUCGAAGCCAUGUCCUUGGUUCUCACAAGCUCCGCGACCAUCUUCCUUAUUAUAUCCGAAUUACCUUUCUGCAAAGGUUACUUUCAGAAGAAUUGGCCUGUCUUCUCCGAUGCUCAUGGCCUCACUUGGCUGGGUGCCGGUCUUCUUCUGAUUGGAUCCAAUAUCCUUGGAAAGCUCAACUCUCCUUACAACCGCGACGACAAGAUCGGACUCCCCUUCUGGCGACUGAUCUUGGCAGCCGGUAUUCUAACUCUCACCUCUGGUGUGCUGAACAUCAUCUGCUCUAUCAUCUUCCGCGACCGCGAUAUCAACGCUCGCAUGAUUCGCGCCGAUGGUUCUCUGGCUCGAAGCCGAGACGACUCGAACUCUUUCGGCAAGGCACAGUCCAACUACACCGCAUCCUUCAACGAUGAACAACCUAAGAAGAAGUUCAUGUCUUUUUUCUGGAAGAAGGAUGACUCCAAGUCUGGCUCUCUGCGACGUAAUAUCAGCCAACCGAUCAGCCGACCACACAUCAGCCACCCCAUGGCUAAUGACCAUGAUGUUGAGCGAAACGCACCCGCCAACUACCAUCAUGAGCGAGACGACGACUCCGAAAUGGACCGCCGCAGCCCGAUUGUACCUGAAGUUCGCCGUCCUGACACAGCUCUGCACCCCAUGAACAUGCGAAGAGCUCCGAGUCCAAGCAUGUAUUCCGAGGCCCGCAUGUCCCGGUUCUAA